AUGGACCUGACUGUGACGACCCUGCUGUCCAUGGUGGUUUCCAGCUCUACUACCUGUGCCUGGGCCAUACCUGCUCAGGUAAACACUACUGCAACUACAACCUGUUGGAACCCAAACUGUUUCAUGUAGAGUUUUUACAAUGAAAAUGAUAUUUCUCUCUAUUUGGUAGAGUUCCUCAACGAGCUCCAAAAGAGUCCCCAGGAGUUAUUCAGGUAAACAACACACAUAUUACUCAACAUUUCAUAAUACGAGAAUACCACGAUUAACAUCUUUAAUGUUUUAGGUGAUCACAUUGUACACAGUGAGAUGACGGCAAUGGAUCAAAUCAUGGAGGCCAAUGAGUUCCAAGGUAAGAAAACCCUUCAUCUUUUGCUAAAGGUCUACAGCCUUCCGCCAACACUCCGCAUUGUCUCCAUACUACUGUCUCCAUACUACUGUAGUGUUUGCUACUUGGCUACCUGCCAAACCUUUUAGCUUUUUACUCUUAAUAACUAUUUAAUCAAACUCUGUAUUUAACAAGUUUAGCAGAAGUGAGGAGGAAGUCAGAAACUCUGCCGUCUUUCUAGAGCUCCGACUUUGGAGGACCAAUGGCGGAAGCGGAAGCUUUGUGCGAUUUUGUUGCCGUGACUACAGUUGGUGAGGAUGGUGAAGAAGAGUGGAGAAAAAAUGGCUAAAGGUGGAAAUGGAGUGUUGGGUUGGAGUGUUGGGUUGGAGUGUUGGUUUGGAGUGUUGGUUUGGAGUGUUGGGUUGGAAUGGGUGUGGUUUUAGAGUGUUGAGUUGGAGUGGUUGGUUGAAGUGUUGGGAGGUUGGUGGAGUGUGGUGGGAGUGUUGGUUGGGAGGUUGGGUUGGAGUGUUGGGUUGGGUAGUGUUUGGGUGGGAGAGUGUGGUUUGGAGUGUGAGUGUUGGGUUGGAGUGGUUGGGUUUGGAGUUGUAUGUGGUGUUGGAGGUGGUGUUGGUUUGGAGUGUGUGGGUGUUGGAGUGUUGGGUUGGCGAGGUUGGUUGGAGUUUGGUUUGGAGUGUUGGUUGGAUGGUUGGGUUGGAGUGGUUGGGUGGUGUGUUGGUUGGUUGGAGUGUUGGGUUGGCAGUGGUUGGGUUUGUGGGAGUGUUGGUUGGAGUGUUGGUUUGGGUGGUGGGUGUGGAGUGUUUUGGGUGUGGUUGGGUGUUGGGUUGGGGUUGGUUUGGGUUGUUUUGUUUGGUGGUUUGGGUUGGAGUGUUGGUUGGGUGUUGGGUUGGAUUUGUGUGUUGGGUUUGGAGUGUUGGUUGGUGUUGGUUGGGUGUUGGAGUUGGAGUGUUGGGUUGGGUGUUAUUUGGGUUGGGUUUUGGGUUUGGUUGAGUUGUUGGGUUGGGUUGGUGUGUGGUUUGGUGAGUGUGGGUGGAGUUGUUGGUUGGAGUUGUGGGUUGGAGUGUUGGGUUGGAGUGUGGUGUGGUUUGGAGUGUUGGGUUUGGAGUGUUGGGUUGGAGUUUGUUGGGUUGGAGUUGGUGUGUGUUGGAGUUUGGUUGGAUGUUGGUUGGAGUGUGUGGUUUGGUAGUGUUGGGUUGGAGUGUUUUGGGUUGGAGUGUUGGUUUGGAGUGUUGGUGUUUGUGGAGUUUUUUUGGAGUGUUGGUUUGAUGUUUGUUGGUUUGGGGUGUUUUUUGAGUGUUUGGUUUUUUUUUGGGUGUUGGGUGUUGUUGAGUUGUGGUUGUUUGUGUUUGAGUGUGGUUUGGAGUGUGGUUUGGAGUGUGUUUGGAUGUUGGUUGGUUGUUUGGAGUGUUGGUUUGAGUGUUGUUUGGUGUUGGUUGAGUGUUGGGUUGUGUUGGUUUUUGGUGUUGGUUUGUUUGGGUUGGUAGUGUUGGUUUUGGGUUGGUUGGGUGUGGUUGAGUGUUUGGGUUUUUGGGUUUGAGUGUCGGUUUGGGUGUUGUGGUUGGAGUGUCGGUUUGGAGUGUCUGGUUGGUUGGUUGAGUGUUCUUGGUUUGGUGGUGUUGUUGGGUUGGAGUGUUUUUUUGGUUUGGAGGUGUGGGUUGGAGUGUUUGGUUUGGAGUGUUGGGUUGGGAGUGUUGGUGUUUGGUGAUGUGGUUUGGUUGGGAGUGUUGGGUUGGGGUGUUGGGUUGGAGUGUUGGGUUUGGAGUGUUGGUUGGAGUGUUGGGGUUGGAGUGUUGGGUUGGAGUGUUGGGUUUUUUGGAGUGUUGGGUUGGAGGGUUGUUCGGUUUGGAGUGUUGGGUUGGAGUGUGGUUUGGAGUGUUGUUGAGGUUUGGAGUGUUGGGUUGGAGUGUGUGUUGAGGUUGUGGUUAGUGGUGGUUUGGAGUGUUUGGGUUGGAGUUUGGUUUGGAGUGUUGGGUUGGAGUGUUGGGUUGGAGUGUUGGGUUUGGGUGUGUUGGUUGGAGUGUUGGUUGGAGUUUGGUUGUUGGUGUUGGUAGUGUUGGGGUUGGAGUGUGGGUUGGAGUUUGUGAGUUGGAGUGUUGGUUUGGAGUUUGGUUGGUGUUGGGUGAUGUUGUGGUUUGGAGUGUUUGGUUGGAUGUCGGUUUGGAGUGUGGUUGGAGUGUUGGUUUGGAGUGUUGGUUGGAGUGUUGGUUUGGAGUGUGGUUUGGAGUGUUGGUUUGGAGUGUUGGUUGGAGUGUUGUUUGGAGUGUUGGUGUUGGAGUGUUGGUUUGGAGUGUUGGUUUGGAGUGUUGGUUUGGAGUGUGGGUUUGGAGUGUCGGUUUGGAAUGAUCGUUUGGAGUGUCGGUUUGGAAUGAUGGUUUGGAGUGUGGGUUUGUAAUGUCGGGUUGGAGUGUUGGUUUGGAGUGUGGGUUUGGAGUGUCGGUUUGGAGUUGUCACGCCCUGACCUCUAGAACUCUAGUUAGUUUGGUUAGGGUGUGCAUGUUUAGUUCUAGGUUGGUGUAUAUCUAUGGUUAGAUUGUAGUUGUUAUACGUCUAUGUUUGGCCGGGUGUGAUUCCCAAUCAGAGGCAGCUGUCGCUCGUUGUCUCUGAUUGGGGAUCAUACUUUGGCAGCCUGGAUGCAGUCCUUGUUUGUGGGAUCUUGUUCCUGUUCGGCUGGUUGUUGUAUAGCCCAUAGGACUUUCACGUCACGUCACCUGGUUUUGUUGUUUUGUGUGUUUAUUCUAUAUAAUAAACAUGUACGCUUUUCACGCUGCACCUUGGUCUGACCCGUCUCUCAACGUGGGUGACAGGAGUGUUGGUUUGGAGUGUUGGUUUGGAGUGUUGGUUGGAGUGUUGGGUUGGAGUGUUGGUUGGAGUGUUGGGUUGGAGUGUUGGGUUGGAGUGUGGUUUGGAGUGUCGGGUUGGAAUGUCGGUUUGGAGUGUCGGGUUGGUGUGUCAGGUUGGAGUGUCGGUUUGGAGUGUCGGUUUGGAGUGUCGGUUUGGAGUGUUGGUUGGAGUGUUGGGUUGGAGUGUUGGGUUGGAGUGUUGGGUUGGAGUGUUGGUUUGGAGUGUUGGUUUGGAGUGUUGGUUGGAGUGUUGGGUUGGAGUGUUGGUUGGAGGGUGUGGGUUGGGAGGGUGUUGGUUUGGAGUGUUGGUUUGGAGUGUUGGUUUGGAGUGUCGGUUUGGAGUGUCGGUUUGGAGUGUCGGUUUGGAGUGUCGGUUUGGAGUGUUGGUUGGAGUGAUGGUUUGAAGUGUUGGGUUGGAGUGUUGGUUGGAGUGUUGGGUUGGAGUGUUGGUUGGAGUGUUGGGAGUGGUGAGUGUAGUGGGUGUGAGUGUUGGUUGUGGUGGAGUGUGGGUUGGAGUUGGGGAGGUUGGUUGGAGUGUGGUUGGAGUGUUGGUGUUGGAGUGUUGGGUUUGGGUAAUUGCCGUGUUGGGUUGGAGGUUUUGGUUGGAGUGUAGGGGUGGAGUGUGUUGGGUUGGAGUGUUUGGGUUGGAGUGUCGGUUGGAGUGUCGGGUUUGGAGUGCGGUUUGGACAUGGUCGGUUUUGGGAGUGUUGGUUUAGAAAGUUUUGGGUUUGGAGUGUUGGUUGGAGUGUUGGUUUGGAUAGUGUGGUGGAGGGGGUGGAGGUGGGGUUUGGCAGUGUUGGUUGGAGUAGUGUUGGGUGGAGUGUGGGUUUUGAGCUUGUUUGGUUGGGAGUGUUGGUUUAGGCUGGUUGGAGUGUUGGUGGAAGUGUUGGUUUUGGAGGAGUUUGGUGGGUUUGGAGUGUCCGGUUGGUAUGAUGGUUUGGAGUGUCGGUUGGAAUGGAUGGUUUUUGGAAUGAUGGUUUUGGAAUGUCGUGUUGUGGAUUGUUGGUUUGGAAGUGUGGGUUGGAGUGUCGGUUGGAGUUGUCACGCCCUGACCUCUAGAACUCUAGUUAGUUUGGUUAGGGUGUGCAUGUUUAGUUCUAGGUUGGUGUAUGUCUAUGUUUGGCCGGGUGUGAUUCCCAAUCAGAGGCAGCUGUCGCUCGUUGUCUCUGAUUGGGGAUCAUACUUAGGCAGCCUGGAUGCAGUCCUUGUUUGUGGGAUCUUGUUCCUGUUCGGCUGGUUGUUGUAUAGCCCAUAGGACUAUAUAAUAAACAUGUACGCUUUUCACGCUGCACCUUGGUCUGACCCGUCUCUCAACGUGGGUGACAGGAGUGUUGGUUUGGAGUGUUGGUUUGGAGUGUUGGUUUGGAGUGUUGGUUGGAGUGUCGGUUUGGAGUGUUGGGUUGAAGUGUUGGUUUGGAAUGUUGGUUUGGAGUGUUGGUUUGGAGUGUCGGUUUGGAGUGUUGGUUGGAGUGUUGGUUUGGAGUGUUGGUUGGAGUGUGGGUUGGAGUGUCGGUUUGGAGUGUCGGUUUGGCGUGUUGGUUUGGAGUGUUGGUUUGGAGUGUGGUUUGGAGUGUUGGUUUGGAGUUUGAUUCACAAGCAAGGAUGUUUUUUUGGGGUCUGGAAGAUGGUGAAGGACGAACUGGGAAAAGUGGAACCGGUCAGAGACCAGGAGCUGUAUGAUGUUGAUUUUGUGUGUGUCAAAAGCAUAAAAGGAGAAAGCUCUGUGGCUCAACAAGAUGGCGACGUAUGAUGUUUUCAGAGUAGGGCACCGGUUAAAGGUGUCAUCUCUGGUGUCUCGUUGGACAUAGAGGCUGUGUGGUUUAGGGUUAACAUUCCAGGAGGGGUAGACGCAUGUCGCUUCAAUCACAUGAUAGACGGAAAGAAGGAGCAAAGCCUGUCAGUUUUACUGUCGUUUGAUGAAAUUGUUCUCCCAACUUAGUUAAAACUUCGGUUUUGUAUUUUUAUUUCCCAUUUAUUUAACCAGGUAAGCCAGUUGAGAACAAGUUCUCAUUUACAACUGCGACCUGGCCAAGAUAAAGCAAAGCAGUGUUAUAAAAACAACAACACAGAGUUACAUAUGGGGUAAACAAAACAUAGUCAAAAAUACCACAGAAAAUAUAUAUACAGUGUGUGCGAAUGUAGUAAGUUAUGGAGGUAAGGCAAUAAAUAGGCCAUAGUGCAAAAUAAUUACAAUUUAGUAUUAACACUGGAAUGAUAGAUGUGUAGAAGAUGAUGUGUGAAUCGAGAUACUGGGGUGCAAAUGAGCAAAAAUAAAUAACAAUAUGGGGAUGAGGUAGUUGGGCGGGCUAAUUUCAGAUGGGCUGUGUACAGGUGCAGUGAUCGGUAAGGUGCUCUGACAACUGAUGCUUAAAGUUAGUGAGGGAGAUAAGUGUCUCCAGCUUCAAAGAUUUUUGCAGUUUGUUCCAGUCAUUGGCAGCAGAGAACUGGAAGGAAUGGUGGCCAAAGGAGGUGUUGGCUUUGGGGAUGACCAGUGAGAUAUACCUGCUGGAGCGCAUACUACGGGUGGGUGUUGCUAUGGUGACCAAUGAGCUAAGAUAAGGCGGGGAUUUGCCUAGCAGAGAUUUAUAGACGACCUGGAGCCAGUGGGUUUGGCGACGAAUAUGUAGUGAGGGCCAGCCAACGAGAGCGUACAGGUCACAAUGGUGGGUAGUAUAUGGGGCUUUGGUGACAAACCGGAUGGCACUGUGAUAGACUGCAUCCAAUUUGCUGAGUAGAGUGUUGGAAGCUAUUUUGUAAAUGACAUCGCCGAAGUCAAGGAUCGGUAGGAUAGUCAGUUUUACGAGGGCAUGUUUGGCAGCAUGAGUGAAGGAGGCUUUGUUGCGAAAUAGGAAGCCGAUUCUAGAUUUAACUUUGGAUUGGAGAUGCUUAAUGUGAGUCUGGAAGGAGAGUUUACAGUCUAACCAGACACCUAGGUAUUUGUAGUUGUCCACAUAUUCUAAGUCAGACCCGCCGAGAGUAGUGAUUCUAGUCGGGCGGGCGGGUGCAAGCAGCGUUCGAUUGAAGAGCAUGCAUUUAGUUUUACUAGCGUUUAAGAGCAGUUGCAGGCUACGGAAGGAGUGUUGUAUGGCAUUGAAGCUCGUUUGGAGGUUUGUUAACACAGUGUCCAAUGAAGGGCCAGAUGUAUACAAAAUAAUGUCGUCUGCGUAGAGGUGGAUCUGAGAGUCACCAGCAGCAAGAGCGACAUCACUGAUAUACACAGAGGUUAGAGUCGGACCGAGAAUUGAACCAUGUGGCACCCCCAUAGAGACUGCCAGAGGUCCAGACAACAGGCCCUCCGAUUUGACACAUUGAACUCUAUUUGAGAAGUAGUUGGUGAACCAGGCGAGGCAGUCAUUUGAGAAACCAAGGCUAUUUAGUCUGCUAAUAAGAAUGCGAUGAUUGACAGUGUCGAAAGCCUUGGCCAGGUCGAUGAAGAUGGCUGCACAGUAUUGUCUUUUAUCGAUCACGGUUAUUAUAUCGUUUAGGACCUUGAGCGUGGCUGAGGUGCACCCAUGACCAGCUCGGAAACCGGAUUGCAUAUCGGAGAAGGUACAAUGGGAUUCGAAAUGGUCGGUGAUCUGUUUGUUAACUUGGCUUUCAAAUACUUUCGAAAGGCAGGGCAGGAUGGAUAUAGGUCUGUAACAGUUUGGAUCUAGAGUGUCACCCCCUUUGAAGAGGGGGAUGACCGCGGCAGCUUUCCAAUCUCUGGGGAUCUCAGAUGAUACGAAAGAGAGGUUGAACAGGCUAGUAAUAGGGGUUGCGACAAUUUUGGCUGCUAAUUUUUGAAAGAAAGGGUCCAGAUUGUCUAGCCCAGCUGAUUUUUAGGGGUCCAGAUUUUGCAGCUCUUUCAGAACAUCAGCUAUCUGAAUUUGGGUGAAGGAGAAGCGGGUGGGGCAUGGGCAAGUUGCAGCGGAGGGUGCAGAGCUGGUGGCCGGGGUAGGGGUAGCCAGGUGGAAAGCAUGGCCAGCCGUAGCAAAAUGCUUAUUGAAAUUCUUGAUUAUCGUAGAUUUAUCGGUGGUGACAGUGUUUCCUAGCCUCAGUGCAGUGGGCAGCUGGGAGGAGGUGCUCUUAUUCUCCAUGGACUUUACAGUGUCCCAAAACCUUUUAGAGUUAGUGCUACAGGAUGCAAAUUUCUGUUUUAAAAAGCUAGCCUUUGCUUUCCUAAUUGAUUGUGAAUAUUGGUUCCUGACUUCCCUGAAAAGUUUCAUAUCGCGAGGGCUGUUUGAUGCUAAUGCAGUACACCAAAGGAUGUUUUUGUGCUGGUCAAGGGCAGUCAAGUCUGGGGUGAACCAGGGGCUAUAUCUGUUCUUAGUUCUGAAUUUUUUGAAUGGGGCAUGCUUAUUUAAGAUGGAGAGGAAAGCACUUUUGAAGAACAUCCAGGCAUCCUCUACUGACGGAAUGAGGUCAAUAUCCAUCCAGGAUACCCGGACCAGGUCAAUUAGAAAGGCCUGCUCGCUGAAGUGUUUUAGGGAGCGUUUGACAGUGAUGAGGGGUGGUCGUUUGACCGCGGAGAUAUGAGGUGAGACCGUAUGUACAGAAGGUCGUAGUCAGAUGAAGCAUGUUGCUGUAAUUGUGAUGGGAAUCACGUUCCUGAGUUCCCGGAGUGCAAGGAUGAAGGAGGUUGCAGUAGCUAGAAUCAGGGCUAUCCAGCAGGUCUCCUAUGUGGAGGCAGUGAAAAUAGGUGAAUGAGUAGAGAGGAGAUGGUAGUGGAUGUUCCACAGUCUGCCAUGCAGGAGAUGGAUCCCGACAAACUAACAGUGAAGAAAAUAGACUUUGUUGCGUUUAUAGUGCAAGUGAUAAAUUGCGUGUUAAAUUAGUCAAACUAAUAAAAAAAUCUAAGAAGCUAGACAUCAUCAAUCAAUCAAUCAAUUUUAUUUUAUAUAGCCCUUCUUACAUCAGCUAAUAUCUCGAAGUGCUGUACAGAAACCCAGCCUAAAACCCCAAACAGCUAGUAAUGCAGGUGUAGAAGCACGGUGGCUAGGAAAAACUCCCUAGAAAGGCAAAACCUAGGAAGAAACCUAGAGAGGAACCAGGCUAUGAGGGGUGGCCAGUCCUCUUCUGGCUGUGCCGGGUGGAGAUUAUAACAGAACCAUGCCAAGAUGUUCAAAAAUGUUCAUAAGUGACAAGCAUGGUCAAAUAAUAAUCAGGAAUAAAUCUCAGUUGGCUUUUCAUAGCCGAUCAUUAGAGUUUAAAACAGCAGGUCUGGGACAGGUAGGGGUUCCAUAACCGCAGGCAGAACAGUUUAAACUGGAAUAGCAGCAAGGCCAGGCGGACUGGGGACAGCAAGGAGUCACCACGGCCGGUAGUCCCGACGUAUGGUCCUAGGGCUCAGGUCUCUCAGUUGGCUUUUCAUAGCCGAUCAUUAAGAGUUGAAAACAGCAGGUCUGGGACAGGUAGGGGUUUCGUAGCCGCAGGCAGAACAGUUGAAACUGGAAUAGCAGCAAGGCCAGGCGGACUGGGGACAGCAAGGUGUCAUCAUGCCCGGUAGUCCUGACGUAUGGUCCUAGGGCUCAGGUUCUCAGAGAGAAAGAGAGAACGAGAGAAUUAGAGAGAGCAUACUUAAAUUCACACAGGACACUGGAUAAGACAGGAGAAGUACUCCAGGUAUAACCAACUAACCCCAGCCCCCCGACACAUAAACUACUGCAGCAUAAAUACUGGAGGCUGAGACAGGAGCGGUCCGGAGACACUGUGGCCCCAUCCGAAGAAACCCCCGGACAGGGCCAAACAGGAAGGAUAUAACCCCACCCACUCCGCCAAAGCACAGCCCCCGCACCACUAGAGGGAUAUCCCCAACCACCAACUUACAAUCCUGAGACAAGGCCGAGUAUAGCCCACAGAGGUCUCCACCACAGCACAAACCAAGGGGGGGGCGCCAACCCAGACAGGAAGAUCACGUCAGUAACUCAACCCACUCAAGUGACGCACCCCUCCCAGGGACGGCAUGAAAGAGCACCAGCAAGCCAGUGACUCAGCCCCUGCAACAGGGUUAGAGGCAGAGAACCCCAGUGGAGAGGGGAACCGGCCUGGCAGAGACAGCAAGGGCUGUUCGUUGCUCCAGCCUUUCCGUUCACCUUCACACUCCUGGGCCAGACUACACUCAAUCAUAUGACCUACUGAAGAGAUAAGUCUUCAGUAAAGACUUAAAGGUUGAGACCGAGUCUGCGUCUCUCACAUGGGUAGGCAGACUGUUCCAUAAAAAUGGAGAUCUAUAGGAGAAAGCCCUGCCUCCCGCUGUUUGCUUAGAAAUUCUAGGGACAAUUAGGAGGCCUGCGUCUUGUGACCGUAGCGUACGUAUUGGUAUGUACGGCAGGACCAACUCGGAAAGAUAGGUAAGAGCAAGCCCAUGUAACGCUUUAUAGGUUAACAGUAAAACCUUGAAAUCAGCCCUUGCCUUAACAGGAAGCCAGUGUAGGGAAGCUAGCACUGAAGUAAUAUGAUCAAAUUUCUUGGUUCUAGUCAGGAUUCUAGCAGCCGUAUUUAGCACUAACUGAAGUUUAUUUAGUGCUUUAUCCGGGUAGCCGGAAAAUAGAGCAUUGCAGUAGUCUAACCUAGAAGUAACAAAUGCAUGGAUUAAUUUUUCUGCAUCUUUUUUGGACAGAAAAUUUCUGAUUUUUGCAAUGUUACGUAGAUGGAAAAAAGCUGUCCUUGAAACAGUCUUGAUAUGUUCGUCAAAAGAGAGAUCAGGGUCAAGAGUAACGCCUAGGUCCUUCACAGUUUUAUUUGAGACGACUUUACAACCAUCAAGAUGAAUUGUCAGAUUUAACAGAAGAUCUCUUUGUUUCUUGGGACCUAGAACAAGCAUCUCUGUUUUGUCCGAGUUUAAAAGUAAAAAGUUUUCAGCCAUCCACUUCCUUAUGUCUGAAACACAGGCUUCUAGCGAGGGCAAUUUUGGGGCUUCACCAUGCUUCAUUGAAAUGUACAGCUGUGUGUCAUCCGCAUAGCAGUGAAAGUUAACAUAAUGUUUUCGAAUAACAUCCCCAAGAGGUAAAAUAUAUAGUGAAAACAAUAGUGGUCCUAAAACGGAACCUUGAGGAACACCGAAAUGUACAGUUGAUUUGUCGGAGGACAGACCAUUCACAGAGACAAACUGAUAUCUUUCCGACAGGUAGGAUCUAAACCAGGCCAGAACUUGUCCGUGUAGACCAAUUUGGGUUUCCAGUCUCUCCAAAAGAAUGUGGUGAUCGAUGGUGUCAAAGGCAGCACUAAGGUCUAGUAGCACGAGGACAGAUGCAGAGCCUCGGUCUGACGCCAUUAAAAGGUCAUUUACCACCUUCACAAGUGCAGUCUCAGUGCUAUGAUGGGGUCUAAAACCAGACUGAAGCAUUUCGUAUACAUUGUUUGUCUUCAGAAAGGCAGUGAGUUGCUGCGCAACAGCUUUUUCUAAAAUUUUUGAGAGGAAUGGAAGAUUCGAUAUAGGCCGAUAGUUUUUUAUAUUUUCCGGGUCAAGGUUUGGCUUUUUCAAGAGAGGCUUUAUCACUGCCACUGUGAAGGCGGCAAAUAGAUUUCUGGAUCUCCAGGACUUUACAGCCGAAAUGUUACAGGGAGUACAGAAUGAAGAGGUUCCCCACUCCCAGGUUCCUGAGCCUGUGUAGGGAUCUGAAAAUACAUUUCAAUCCGACUAAAAGAGUACAGUUUAGAUUUUGUUCGAAAUUCAGGGUCAGUUAUUAAGAGAAUAUAGUGGUAUAGAUCGUGAUCGGCAGUAGGUGGCGGUGUAUGCCUCUGUUAGUUGGUUACGGUCCGCCAAUAAAAACUCAAAGAAUAACUUUUUUAAUUCAACUUUUUCACCGCGGACACUUUAUCUGGACAUGGAUCUGCAGGACACUUUAUCUGGACAUGGAUCUGCAGGACACUUUAUCUGGACAUGGAUCUGCAGGACACUUUAUCUGGACAUAGAUUUGCAGGACCUCCUCCGGCCCAAAAAAGCUAAGUAGCAUUAUGCCUUCUCAUGGUAGCCGCUGUACUCUUAAUACACAGGAGAACUAUCGCCUUAUGGUGAGGAUAGCCAGGCCUACCAUGUCUGGCCACUCUACCAUAAAGGCCUGAUUGGUGGAGUGCUGCAGAGAUGGUUGUCCUUCUGGAAGGUUCUCCCAUCUCCACAGAGGAACUCUGGAGCUCUGUCAGAUUGACCAUCCCUUUCCCUUUCUAGGGAGUUUUUCCUAGCCACGGUGCUUCUACAUCUGCAUUGCUGCUGUUUGGGGUUUUAGGCUGGGUUUCUGUAUAGCACUUUGUGACAACUGCUGAUGUAAAAAGGGCUUAAUAAAAUACAUGUGACUUGAUUUGAUACUUAGUAGAUGUAGACAGGGCUUUAUAAAUACAUUUUAUUUGAUACAUUUACAUUUACAUCUACGUCAUUUAGCAGACGCUCUUAUCCAGAGCGACUUACAAAUUGGUGCAUUCACCCUAUAGCCAGUGGGAUAACCACCUUACAAUAUAUUUUUCUUUUUCUUUUUAUUAUUAUUUUUUUUUUUUAUGGGGGGGGGGGGGGGGGGGGGGUAGAAGGAUUACUUUAUCCUAUCCCAGGUAUUCCUUAAAGAGGUGGGGUUUCAAAUGUCUCCGGAAGGUGGUGAGUGACUCCGCUGUCCUGGCGUCGUGAGGGAGCUUGUUCCACCAUUGGGGUGCCAGAGCAGCGAACAGUUUUGACUGGGCUGAGCGGGAACUAUGCUUCCGCAGAGGAAGGGGAGCCAACAGGCCAGAGGUGGAUGAACGCAAUGCCCUCGUUUGGGUGUAGGGACUGAUCAGAGCCUGAAGGUACAGAGGUGCCGAUCCCCUCACAGCUCCAUAGGCAAGCACCAUGGUCUUGUAACAGAUGCGAGCUUCAACUGGAAGCCAGUGGAGUGUGCGGAGGAGCGGGGUGACGUGAGAGAACUUGGGAAGGUUGAACACCAGACGGGCUGCGGCAUUCUGGAUGAGUUGUAGGGGUUUAAUGGCACAGGCAGGGAGCCCAGCCAACAGCGAGUUGCAGUAAUCCAGACGGGAGAUGACAAGUGCCUGGAUUAGGACCUGUGCCGCUUCCUGUGUAAGGCAGGGUCGUACUCUCAGAAUGUUGUAGAGCAUGAACCUGCAGGAUCGGGUCACCGCCUUGAUGUUAGCGGAGAACGACAGGGUGUUGUCCAGGGUCACGCCAAGGCUCUUCGCACUCUGGGAGGAGGACACAACGGAGUUGUCAACCGUGAUGGCGAGAUCAUGGAAUGGGUAGUCCUUCCCCGGGAGGAAGAGCAGCUCCGUCUUGCCAAGGUUCAGCUUGAGGUGGUGAUCCGUCAUCCAUACUGAUAUGUCUGCCAGACAUGCAGAGAUGCGAUUCGCCACCUGGUUAUCAGAAGGGGGAAAGGAGAAGAUUAGUUGUGUAUCGUCAGCGUAGCAAUGAUAGGAGAGGCCGUGUGAGGAUAUGACAGAGCCAAGUGACUUGAUGUAUAGGGAGGGCCUAGAACUGAGCCCUGGGGGACACCAGUGGUGAGAGCACGUGGUGCGGAGACAGCUUCUCGCCACGCCACUUGGUAGGAGCGACCGGUCAGGUAGGACGCGAUCCAGGAGUGAGCCGCGCCGGAGAUGCCCAGCUCGGAGAGGGUGGAGAGGAGGAUCUGAUGGUUCACAGUAUCAAAGGCAGCAGACAGGUCUAGAAGGACAAGAGCAGAGGAGAGAGUGUUAGCUUUAGCAGUGCGGAGAGCCUCCGUGACACAGAGAAGAGCAGGCUCAAUUGAAUGACCAGUCCUGAAACCUGACUGGUUUGGAUCAAGAAGGUAAUUCUGAGAGAGAUAGCAAGAGAGUUGGCUAAAGACGGCACGCUCAAUAGUUUUGGAAAGAAAAGAAAGAAGGGAUACUGGUCUGUAGUUGUUGACAUCAGUGGGAUCGAGUGUUGGUUUUUUGAGAAGGGGUGCAACUCUCGCUCUCUUGAAGACGGAAGGGACAUAGCCAGCGGUCAAGGAUGAGUUGAUCAGCGAGGUGAGGUAAGGGAGAAGGUCACCGGAGAUGGUCUGGAGAAGAGAGGAGGGGAUAGGGUCAAGCUGCAAGAUUUUAUCUGGAGAGAGAGGGGAGAAAUAAGUCAAAGCAUAGGGUAGGGCAGUGUGAGCAGGACCAGCAGUGUCAUUAGACUUAACAAACGAGGAUCGGAUGUCGUCAACCUUCUUUUCAAAGUGGUUGACGAAGUCAUCCACAGAGAGAGAGGAGGGGGGGGGGGGGGGGGGGGGGGGGGGGGGGGGGGGGGAUUCAGCAGGGAGGAGAAUGUGGCAAAGAGCUUCCUAGGGUUAGAGGCAGAUGCUUGGAAUUUAGAGUGGUAGAAAGUGGCCUUAGCAGCAGAAACAGAUGAAGAAAAUGUAGAGAGGAGGGAGUGAAAAAAGGUACUUGUAGACAGGGCUGACCUAUGUUGGCCACUCUGUAUGGUGUUUUAUGGGCUGAGUCCCCAUGUUGUGUUGUCUCUGCCUUCCCUAGCUGCCCAGGUUCCAGACGGCACUAGUUUCAGGGAAGGAGAUAUCGCUGUGACCACCGGGAGGCGCUCUAAGGCCUGUUUCGCACGCAGCUGUCUGUGGUCCAAGUCAGUGGACGGACACGUCUACAUCGCAUACAGGCUGUCCUUGGACUACAGUAAGUUACCUGUAGGCUACGCAACAGUGUUUCAGAUAUGGGCUGUUGGUCCUGUACCUUUCUACUAAUAUAUAUAUAUAUAUAUACACAUACAUACACACACACACACUACCGUUCAAAAGUUUGGGGUCACUUAGACAUUUCCUUGUUUUCCAUGAAAACAUACAUUGAGUUUGAAUAGGAAAUGUAGCAAAAUGAAUAGGAAAUGUAGUCAUUGACAAGGUUAGAAAUAAUGAUUUUUAAUUGAACUAAUAAUUGUGUCCUUCAAACUUUGCUUUCAUCAAAAAAUCUUCAAUUUGCAGCAAUUACAGCCUUGCAGACCUUUGGCAUUCUAGUUGUGUAUUUGUUGAAGUAAUCUGAAGAGAUUUCAGCCCAUGCUCCCUGAAGCACCUCCCACAAGUUGGAUUGGCUUAAUGGGCACUUCUUACAUACCAUACGGUCAAGCUGCUCCCACAACAGCUCAAUAGGGUUGAGAUCCGGUGACUGUGCUGGCCACUCCAUUAUAGACAGAAUACCAGCUGACUGCUUCUUCCCUAAAUAGCUAUUGCAUAGUUUGGAGCUGUGCUUUGGGUCAUUGUCCUGUUGUAGGAGGAAAUAGGCUCCAAUCAAGCUCCGUCCACAGGGUAUGGCAUGGCGUUGCAAAAUGGAGUGAUAGCCUUCCUUCUUCAAGAUCCCUUUUACCCUGUACAAAUCUCCCACUUUACCACCACCAAAGCACCCCCAGACCAUCACAUUGCCUCCACCAUGCUUGACAGAUGGCAUCAAGCAAUCCUCCAGCAUCUUUUCAUUUGGUCUGCGUCUCACAAAUGUUCUUUGUGAUCCAAACACCUCAAACUUUGAUUUGUCUGUCCAUAACACUUUUCCCCAAUCUUCCUCUGUCCAGUGUCUGUGUUCUUUUGCCCAUCUUAAUCUUUUAUUUUUAUUGGCCAGUCUGAGAUAUGUCUUUUUCUUUGCAACUCUGCCUAGAAGGUCAGCAUCCCUGCGUCGCCUCUUCACUGUUGACGUUGAGACUGGUGUUUUGCGGGUACUAUUUAAUGAAUCUGCCAGUUGAGGAUCUGUGAGGCGUCUGUUUCUCAAACUAAACACUCUAAUGUAUUUGUCCUCUUGCUCAGUUGUGCACCGGGGCCUCCCUCUCCUCUUUCUAUUCUGGUUAGAGCCAGUUUGCGCUGUUCUGUGAAGGGAGUAGUACACAGCGUUGUACGAAAUCUUCAGUUUCUUGGCAAUUUCUUGCAUGGAAUAGCCUUCAUUUCUCAGAACAAGAAUAGACUGACAAGUUUCAGAAGAAAGUUAUUUGUUUCUGGCCAUUUUGAGCCUGUAAUUGAACCCACAAUUGCUGAUGCUCCAGAUACUCAACUAGUCUCAAGAAGGCCAGUUUUAUUGCUUCUUUAAUCAGCAGAACAGUUUUCAGCUGUGCUAACAUAAUUGCAAAAGGGUUUUCUAAUGAUUAAUUAGCCUUUUAAAAUGAUAAACUUGGAUUAGCAAACACAACGUGCCAUUGGAACACAGGACUGAUGGUUGCUGAUAAUGGGCCUCUGUACGCCUAUGUAGAUAUUCCAUUACAAAUCAGCCGUUUCCAGCUACAAUAGCCAUUUACAACAUGAACAAUGUCUACACUAUUUCUGAUCAAUUUGAUGUUAUUUUAAUUGACAAAAAAAUUGCUUUUCUUUCGAAAACAAGGACAUUUCUAAGUAACCCAAACUUUUGAACGAUAGUGUACAUACACCUGUUCUGAAAGGCCCCAGAGUCUGCAACACCACUAAGCAAGGGGCACCACCAAGCAAGGGGCACCACCAAGCAAGGGGCACCACCAAGCAAGCGGCACCAUGAAGACCAAGGAGCUCUCCAAACAGGUCAGGGACAAAGUUGUGGAGAAGUACAGAUCAGGGUUGGGUUAUACAAAAAUAUCAGAAACUUUGAACAUCCCACAGAGCCCAUUAAAUCCAUUAUUAAAAAAUUGAAAAAUAUGGCACCACAAUAAACCUGCCAAGAGAGGGCCGCCCACCAAAACUCAUGGACCAGGCAAGGAGGGCAUUAAUCAGAGGCAACAAAGAGACCAAAGAUAACCCUGAAGGAGCUGCAAAGCUCCACAGUGGAGAUUGGAGUAUCUGUCCAUAGGACCACUUUAAGCCGUACACUCCACAGAGCUGGGCUUUACGGAAGAGUGGCCAGAAAAAAUCCAUUGCUUUAAUGAAAGAAAUCGGCAAACACGUUUGGUGUUCGCCAAAAGCCAUGUGGGAGACUCCCCAAACAUAUGGAAGAAGGUACUCUGGUCAGAUGACACUAAAAUUGAGCUUUUUGGCCAUCAAGGAAAACGCUAUGUCUGGCGCAAACCCAACACCUCUCAUCACCCCGAGAACAUCAUCCCCACAGUGAAGCAUGGUGGUGGCAGCAUCAUGCUGUAGGGAUGUUUUUUAUCGGCAGGGACUGGGAAACUGGUCAGAAUUGAAGGAAUGAUGGAUGGUGCUAAAAUACAGGGAAAUUCUUGAGGGAAACCUGUUUCAGUCUUCCAGAGAUUUGAGACUGGGACGGAGGUUCACCUUCCAGCAGGACAAUGACCCUAAGCAUACUGCUAAAGCAACACUCGAGUGGUUUAAGGGGAAACAUUUAAAUGUCUUGGAAUGGCCUAGUCAAAGCCCAGACCUCAAUCCAAUUGAGAAUCUGUGGUAUGACUUAAAGAUUGCUGUACACCAGCGGAACCCAUCCAACUUGAAGGAGCUGGAGCAGUUUUGCCUUGAAGAAUGGCCAAAAAUCCCAGUGGCUAGAUGUGCCAAGCUUAUAGAGACAUACCCCAAUUGCUGCCAAAGGUGGCUCUACAAAGUAUUGACUUUGGGGGGAGGGGGGGGGGGGGGGGGGGGGGGGUGAAUAGUUAUGCACGUGUUAUGUUUUUUUUGUCUUGUUUGUUUCACAAUAAAACAUAUUUUGCAUCUUCAAAGUGGUAGGCAUGUUGGGUAAAUCAAAUGAUACAAAAUCCAUUUUAAUGUUGUAAGGCAACAAAAUAAGAAAAAUGCCAAGGGGGUCAACCAGCUUCACCUGGAAUGCUUUUCCAACAGUCUUGAAGGAGUUCCCACAUAUGCUGAGCACUUGUUGGCUGCUUUUCCUUCACUCUGCCGUCCGACUCAUCCCAAACCAUCUCAAUUGGAUUGAGAUCAGGGGAUUGUGGAGGCCAGGUCAUCUGAUGCAGCACUCCAUCACUCUGCUUCUUGGUAAAAUAGCCCUUACACAGCCUGGAGGUGUGUUUGGUCAUUGUCCUGUUGAAAAACAAAUGAUAUUCCCACUAAGCCCAAACCAGAUGGGAUGGUGUUUCGCUGCAGAAUUCUGUGGUAGCCAUGCUGGUUAAGUGUGCCUUGAAUUCUAAAUAAAUCACGGACAGUGUCACCAGCAAAGCACCCCCACACCAUAACACCUCCUCCUUUGGACUCCAGAACAAAGGACACAUUUCCACUGGUCUAAUGUCCAUUGCUCGUGUUUCUUGGCCCAAGCAAGUCUCUUCUUCUUAUUGGUGUCCUUUAGUAGUGGUUUCUUUGCAGCAAUUCGACCAUGAAGGCCUGAUUCACAAAGUCCCCUCUGAAAAGUUGAUGUUGAGAUGUGUCUGUUAUUUGAACUCUGUGAAGCAUUUAUUUGGGCUGCAAUUUCUGAGGCUGGUAACCAAUGAACUUAUCCUCUGCAGCAGAGGUAACUCUGGGUCUUCCAUUCCUGUGGCGGUCCUCAUGAGAGCCAGUUUCAUCAUAGCGCUUUUACCAAAUAGGGCUAUCUUCUGUAUACCCCCCCCCCCCUACCUUGUCACAACACAACUGAUUGGCUCAAACUUAUUAAGAAGUAAAUACAUUCCAUAUUAACUUUUAAGAAGCACACCUUUAUUGAAAUGCAUUCCAGGUGCACACCUGUAAUUGAAAUGCAUUCCAGGUGUGAGAUCCAGAAGGAAAGUGUCAUCAAGGCAAAGGGUUUUGAAGAAUCUCAAAUAUAAAAUUGUUUUGAUGUUAACACUUUUUGGGUUAUACAUGAUUCCAUAUGUGUUAUUUCAUAGUUUGAAUGUCUUCACUAUUAUUCUACAAUGAGAGAAAAUAGUAAAAAUAAAGAAAAACCUUGAAUGAGAGUAGAGUGUGAAUCAGAGAGAGAGAAGAGGAGAGAGAGAGAGAGAGAGGAGAGAGAAGGAGAGAGGAGGAGAGAGAGAGAGAGAGAGAGAGGAUGGAGAGGAGGAGAGAGAGAGAGAGAGAGAAGGAGAGAGAGAGAGAGAGAGAGAGGAGAGAGAGAGGAGAGAGAGAGAGAGAGAGAGAGUAUUAUAGUUGGUCCUGUACCUUUACACUAAUAUGUUGUGUGUGUAUAUAUAUAUAUACUAUGUGGGCUGGAGGUGAAUAUUCACACAAUAGGGAUGUUUUGUUGACUGAUUGAACUUCUUCUCCUCCUCAGUCUUCUUCUUCUUCUUGAAUGUGUUUCUCCCUUUCCCUCCACAGGUGAUUUGGAUGAGAGGAUAAUCAAGUCUGGUAUGGAGAAGGUGGAGAGAGGAACCUGUGUGCGUUUUGUUCCAUGGACGCAUCAGCGGGACUUCCUGGAUAUCCAGCCUAAGUCAGGGUGAGAUAGAACCACUUUGUAAUGUGAUGAUGAGUUUGUCUGAAUCUAUGAAUCGAUGGUCCUUAUUCCCUAUGUAGUGCACUACUUCUGGUCAUAGAUUUCUGUGAGACAUAGUGUGGCAUUACAGACGCCCCUUGUCUCCCCUGUGUGUACUGUUGUUGUUUAGGUGUUGGUCGUACCUAGGGCAGCGUGGUGGCAGACAGACGGUAUCUCUACAGUCUCCUGACUGUAUGUGGUCUGGGGUGGCCUCCCACGAACUCAUGCAUGCCCUGGGCUUUGUGCACGAACAUUCCCGCGCCGACCGGGACAACUAUGUCACUGUCCUGUGGGAGAACAUCUGGAAGGGUGAGACAGACGUGAGGCUGUUGACACUAUGGUUGGGGUCGUUUUUAAUGUUCAUUCGGUAUAUUCAAUCAACUGAAAUGUGUUCUCCGGCAACAGAUCGCGUACGGAACUUUGAGAAGUUCAAAACCAACAAUCUGGACACUCCUUAUGACUACGGCUCGAUCAUGCACUUUGGAAUGUAUGUAGCAAGGAAGUUAUUUCAUUAACUCACUAUUAUCAGAUGGAGUUAUAUGUGAAGGUAGUCUUACGAUGCCGUUUCUGUGUAAAUGCAGGUAUGCCUAUUCAGAAGAUGGAGAUCCGACCAUCAUCGCUAAGAGGAACCACGGGAACACUCUGGGGCAGAGGACCGGUCUCAGUGAACUGGACAAGAUGAAGAUUAACAAACUCUACAACUGUGGUUGGUAGCAAACAAUAUUUCCUUCACAUUUGAGGCAAAGUUAUUUUUUUAAAUGAGUUAUUAUUUUGUAUUAGUUUUUCAAAGGUUGUCAAUAUAGAACAAAGGUAUGAUCACUAGAUGUGUCCUCAUGACCUUUCUGAUUCCUCUCUCUCACUUUUGACAGAAACCCUGGAGGAUUAUUAAUCAAACAGUGAAACAUCCCACUGAAUACAAUCUCUGGUGUCAGAUAAAUGGAGCAUUUAAAUAAAGAUGGAUUGACAACUUUGGUAGCAGCUGUUCUUCUGUAUAUCACAUCACAUGUUGUUGUGUCACACAAAGUCUGAGAAAUGACUGUUUACCUGUUUUAAAUAUAUCAGUUCUGGGACAACACCUUUAAAUGGCUCGUCUCUGAAAGUGCUGAAUGUCCUGUGUAAAAGUACGGGGUAUAACUGGAGGACGUUGUUAAGUGCCAUCAAUGGAUUUGUGUUAAUGUCAUAGGACGACACGAGGGGCAGACAAGGGAUCAAAGUUCUGGGAUAUGAUUCAUCCUGUAACAUCAGAACAUGUAACCAAUCAGUGCAGACCUCAGGAGGUGACGGGGGCGGGGUUAGAGGUCUAUAUAGGUGUGGUGUUAGGACCUGUAUCAGGAUUAAAGAUCGGUCUGGGACAUGGAAGUCAUGAUCUCUCUAGGAAUCAUCUUGGGGUUGAUGACCCAAACCUGCACUCUACCUAUCCAGGUAAGCGCUGAAUUAAGUUUAGAAUGAAUAUUACUGUAGAGGUCCUCUCUCACGUGAUACUUUCUAAAAGGAACAUUUAUUACCACAGAAUUCAUCAGUGAUGCAAGAAAUGAAAAGGAGGUUGAAAAGAGAAUACUCAGGUAAAUUCUUGAAAUGUUAACAUUAACAUAAUUUUGUUUGUAUUAACAGUUACAGUGGGGAAAAAAAGUAUUUAGUCAGCCACCAAUUGUGCAAGUUCUCCCACUUAAAAAGAUGAGAGAGGCCUGUUAUUUUCAUCAUAGGUACACAUCAACUAUGACAGACAAAAUGAGAAAACAAAAUCCAGAAAAUCACAUUGUAGGAUUUUUAAUGAAUUUAUUUGCAAAUUAUGGUGGAAAAUAAGUAUUUGGUCAAUAACAGAAGUUUCUCAAUACUUUGUUAUAUACCCUUUGUUGGCAAUGACACAGGUCAAACGUUUUCUGUAAGUCUUCACAAGGUUUUCACACACUGUUGCUGGUAUUUUGGCCCAUUCCUCCAUGCAGAUCUCCUCUAGAGCAGUGAUGUUUUGGGGCUGUCGCUGGGCAACACAGACUUUCAACUCCCUCCAAAGAUUUUCUAUGGGGUUGAGAUCUGGAGACUGGCUAGGCCACUCCAGGACCUUGAAAUGCUUCUUACGAAGCCACUCCUUCGUUGCCCGGGCGGUGUGUUUGGGAUCAUUGUCAUGCUGAAAGACCCAGCCACGUUUCAUCUUCAAUGCCCUUGCUGAUGGAAGGAGGUUUUCACUCAAAAUCUCACGAUACAUGGCCCCAUUCAUUCUUUCCUUUACAUGGAUCAGUCGUCCUGGUCCCUUUGCAGAAAAACAGCCCCAAAGCAUGAUGUUUCCACCCCCAUGCUUCACAGUAGGUAUGGUGUUCUUUGGAUGCAACUCAGCAUUCUUUGUCCUCCAAACACGACGAGUUGAGUUUUUACCAAAAAGUUAUAUUUUGGUUUAAUCUGACCAUCCUCUUCUGGAUCAUCCAAAUGCACUCUAGCAAACUUCAGACGGGCCUGGACAUGUACUGGCUUAAGCAGGGGGACACGUCUGGCACUGCAGGAUUUGAGUCCCUGGCGGCGUAGUGGGUUACUGAUGGUAGGCUUUGUUACUUUGGUCCCAGCUCUCUGCAGGUCAUUCACUAGGUCCCCCCGUGUGGUUCUGGGAUUUUUGCUCACCGUUCUUGUGAUCAUUUUGACCCCACGGGGUGAGAUCUUGCGUGGAGCCCCAGAUCGAGGGAGAUUAUCAGUGGUCUUGUAUGUCUUCCAUUUCCUAAUAAUUGCUCCCACAGUUGAUUUCUUCAAACCAAGCUGCUUACCUAUUGCAGAUUCAGUCUUCCCAGCCUGGUGCAGGUCUACACUUUUGUUUCUGGUGUCCUUUGACAGCUCUUUGGUCUUGGCCAUGGUGGAGUUUGGAGUGUGACUGUUUGAGGUUGUGGACAGGUGUCUUUUAUACUGAUACCAAGUUCAAACAGGUGCCAUUAAUACAGGUAACGAGUGGAGGACAGAGGAGCCUCUUAAAGAAGAAGUUACAGGUCUGUGAGAGCCAGAAAUCUUGCUUGUUUGUAGGUGACCAAAUACUUAUUUUCCACCAUAAUUUGCAAAUAAAUUCAUUAAAAAUCCUACAAUGUGAUUUUCUGGAUUUUUUCUCCUCAAUUUGUCUGUCAUAGUUGACGUGUACCUAUGAUGAAAAUUACAGGCCUCUCUCAUCUUUUUAAGUGGGAGAACAUGCACAAUUGGUGGCUGACUAAAUACUUUUUUCCCCCACUGUAUUAACACUUAUCUAUUAUCCUUUUAAAAUAGAGGUGCUUAGAGAUCCAGAAGAAAUGAAUGCAAUGGACAGGAUCCUGAGAUCCAAUGGGAGUAAGUAUAGUAUUAGUUGCUUAGUUCGGGGUAGGAGUUUAUAGGGAAGGAGAUAUACUGUAUUUGGGGUAGGAGUUUACAGGGAAGGAGAUAUACUGUAUUUGGGGUAGGAGUUUACAGGGAAGGAGAUAUACUGUAUUUGGGGUAGAAGUUUACAGGGAAGGAGAUAUACUGUAUUUGGGGUAGAAGUUUACAGGGAAGGAGAUAUACUGUAUUUGGGGUAGGAGUUUACAGGGAAGGAGAUAUACUGUAUUUGGGGUAGGAGUUUACAGGGAAGGAGAUAUACUGUAUUUGGGGGUAGGAGUUUACAGGGAAGGAGAUAUACUGUAUUUGGGGUAGGAGUUUACAGGGAAGGAGAUAUACUGUAUUUGGGGUAGGAGUUUACAGGGAAGGAGAUAUACUGUAUUUGGGGUAGGAGUUUACAGGGAAGGAGAUAUACUGUAUUUGGGGUAGGAGUUUACAGGGAAGGAGAUAUACUGUAUUUGGGGUAGGAGUUUACAGGGAAGGAGAUAUACUGUAUUUGGGGUAGGAGUUUACAGGGAAGGAGAUAUACUGUAUUUGGGGUAGGAGUUUACAGGGAAGGAGAUAUACUGUAUUUGGGGUAGAAGUUUACAGGGAAGGAGAUAUACUGUAUUUGGGGUAGGAGUUUACAGGGAAGGAGAUAUACUGUAUUUGGGGUAGAAGUUUACAGGGAAGGAGAUAUACUGUAUUUGGGGUAGGAGUUUACAGGGAAGGAGAUAUACUGUGUUCGGGGUAGGAGUUUACAGGGAAGGAGAUAUACUGUACAUGUAUAAUGUAUCAAACCCUCCUCCAGCUCUGGAUUCAGCUUGAAGGGCCUGGGCUCUGUCUGAAAUGGCACGCUAAUCUCUUUGGACCCUGGUCUAAAGUAGUGCACUAUAUAGGGAAUAGGGUGCCAUUCUCUGGUCUAAAGUAGUGCACUAUAUAGGGAAUAGGGUGCCAUUCUCUGGUCUAAAGUAGUGCACUAUAUAGGGAAUAGGGUGCCAUUGGGACUCGUUCCAGGUGUUUGUGAGAGGGACUGUAAGGGGUUUUAGUACCGUACCUGUGUUACGAGAAUUUCUAUCUCUAAUUCAACCUAAGCUUGAAUCAUUACCAGAGGUUGUAAGGCUCUGGUUUUAAUCAUAAAUGAUUCAAGGUCCACAACCAACAAGGAUUAUCUGAAUGUUUAUUCAUGGAAAGCUCUGGCUCCCAAAACCCAUACCCUCCUGUUUUAUACUCCUCCCACCCCAAGGCACCCUGCUCCGCCCACCUCUAGGAGGCCCCCUGUAACCCAUUUUCUCAGUCCCCUUCACCCUGGAAUGUUUAGUCCCGCCCCCCUCUGUUAGUAGGUUGACAAUACAUUAUAAUUCUAACACAGUUCACACAUUUACAGUGGGGAAAAAAAGUAUUUAGUCAGCCACCAAUUGUGCAAGUUCUCCCACUUAAAAAGAUGAGAGAGGCCUGUAAUUUUCAUCAUAGGUACACGUCAACUAUGACAGACAAAAUGAGGAAAAAAAAUCCAGAAAAUCACAUUGUAUGAUUUUUAAUGAAUUUAUUUGCAAAUUAUGGUGGAAAAUAAGUAUUUGGUCAAUAACAAAAGUUUUCUCAAUACUUUGUUAUAUACCCUUUGUUGGCAAUGACACAGGUCAAACGUUUUCUGUAAGUCUUCACAAGGUUUUCACACACUGUUGCUGGUAUUUUGGCCCAUUCCUCCAUGCAGAUCUCCUCUAGAGCAGUGAUGUUUUGGGGCUGUCGCUGGGCAACACGGACUUUCAACUCCCUCCAAAGAUUUUCUAUGGGGUUGAGAUCUGGAGACUGGCUAGGCCAUUCCAGGACCUUGAAAUGCUUCUUACGAAGCCACUCCUUCGUUGCCCGGGCGGUGUGUUUGGGAUCAUUGUCAUACUGAAAGACCCAGCCACGUUUCAUCUUCAAUGCCCUUGCUGAUGGAAGGAGGUUUUCACUCAAAAUCUCACCAUACAUGGCCCCAUUCAUUCUUUCCUUUACACGAAUCAGUCGUCCUGGUCCCUUUGCAGAAAAACAGCCCCAAAGCAUGAUGUUUCCACCCCCAUGCUUCACAGUAGGUAUGGUGUUCUUUGGAUGCAACUCAGCAUUCUUUGUCCUCCAAACACGACGAGUUGAGUUUUUACCAAAAAGUUCUAUUUUGGUUUCAUCUGACCAUAUGACAUUCUCCCAAUCCUCUUCUGGAUCAUCCAAAUGCACGCUAGCACGGGCCUGGACAUGUACUGGCUUAAGCAGGGGGACACGUCUGGCACUGCAGGAUUUAAGUCCCUGGCGGCGUAGUGUGUUACUGAUGGUAGGCUUUGUUACUUUGGUCCCAGCUCUCUGCAGGUCAUUCACUAGGUCCCCCCGUGUGGUUCUGGGAUUUUUGCUCACCGGUCUUGUGAUCAUUUUGACCCCACGGGGUGAGAUCUUUCGUGGAGCCCCAGAUCGAGGGAGAUUAUCAGUGGUCUUGUAUGCCUUCCAUUUCCUAAUAAUUGCUCCCACAGUUGAUUUCUUCAAACCAAGCUGCUUACCUAUUGCAGAUUCAGUCUUCCCAGCCUGGUGCAGGUCUACAAUUUUGUUUCUGGUGUCCUUUGACAGCUCUUUGGUCUUGGCCAUAGUGGAGUUUGGAGUGUGACUGUUUGAGCUUGUGGACAGGUGUCUUUUAUACUGAUAACAAGUUCAAACAGGUGCCAUUAAUACAGGUAACGAGUGGAGGACAGAGGAGCCUCUUAAAGAAGAAGUUACAGGUCUGUGAGAGCCAGAAAUCUUGCUUGUUUGUAGGUGACCAAAUACUUAUUUUCCACCAUAAUUUGCAAAUAAAUUCAUAAAAAAUCCUACAAUGUGAUUUUCUGGAAUUUUUUUCCUCAAUUUGUCUGUCAUAGUUGACGUGUACCUAUGAUGAAAAUUACAGGCCUCUCUCAUCUUUUUAAGUGGGAGAACUUGCACAAUUGGUGGCUGACUAAAUACUUUUUUUCCCCACUGUAUACUGUAUUUGGGGUGAAAUCCUUUAGUCGUUAUUCUUAAAAUACAAAUUAAUCUAACAACCUGUCAGCAGUAACAUGGUUUUAGUGCAGUACCUGUCAGCAGUAACGUGGUGAUCAUGUCUCUCUGCCAGGGCGGGGCAGCCCUAGAGCCCGAGGCCUGUCCUUCAGGGAAGGAGACAUUGCCAGCUCCUACAGCACACAGAGCCGCAGCGCCAUAACCUGCCCUGGUAACUCCUGCCUCUGGCCCAAGGCAGUGGAUGGAUUUGUCUAUGUCCCCUACAUUAUUUCUCCACAAUAUGGCAAGUCUCUGUUACAUUCCUCUGUUUUGUCUAAUUUAUCCAUGACAAGUAUCAUCUGUACAUUGGUAGUAGGUGAAUUAGGUAGCUAUACAGUUUAGAUUUUAGUCAUUUAGCAGACGCUCUUAUCCAGAGCGACUUACAGGAGCAAUUAGGGUUAAGUGCCUUGCUUAAGGGCACAUCGACAGAUUUUUCACCUAGUCGGCUCUGGGAUUAGAACCAGCGACCUUUCAGUUACUGGCACAACGCUCUUACCCACUAAGCUACCUGCCACCCCAUACCUACUUAGCUAUCACCAAGUAUCUGUACAUUGGUAGUAGGUGAAUUAGGUAGAUAUCACCAAGUAUCUGUACAUUGGUAGUAGGUGAAUUAGGUAGCUAUCACCAAGUUGUAAAGUUAGAGUCGGGUUAUGACUCCCAUUGAAAAUGACUUCUUUAUGACAAAUUGUGAACUGAUGUACACUAACUUCACACUUUUAAUGUCAAUCAUUAGUUUGUGCUUAGUAGGCAAUUAGUAACAGUCGGAGUUUAAUUCUGAUUGACAGAUGACAUGGAUAGAAUCACCAUAGAGAUGGGAAUGCUGGACAUCUUGUCUGAAACGUGUGUGAAGUUUGUUCCUCGCAGCCAUGAAGCCAACUUCCUGGAUAUACAGCCCAGGUUUGGGUCAGUGUUGUAUCUUAUACGUUGGUUCGGAACUCAAUGGACAUAUUCUUAGGAUACAUUCUGAAACAUCUUGCUUCUAGUUCCAGUUGCUUCAUGUAAGAUAUGCAGUGACAGCCUGGUCCCAGAUCUGUUUGUGCUGUCUUGAUAACUGUGGCAAGACAACACAAACAGACUUGGACCAGGCUAAUCCAGUAAUAUUAUGUUUUGCUGAAUGUGUCUCUGCCUUUUCGUACCACUAGCUGCUGGUCAUUCCUGGGUAUGACUGAAGGAGCCCAGCCCCUCUCCCUGCAGUCCCCUGGGUGCAUGUGGUCUGGCAUCGCCUCCCAUGAACUCAUGCACGCUCUGGGCUUUGUGCACGAGCAGUCCCGCUCUGAUCGGGAUCACUAUGUUUCUAUUAUAUGGGAAAACAUCAUGCAGGGUCAGUGUCCUAUCAAUACUUCAUCUGUGACAUUUACAUUUUAGUCAUUUAGCAGACGCUCUUAUCCAGAGCGACUUACACUAGUGAGUGCAUAUAUUGUUCAUACUUUUUCAUACUGGUCCCCAGUGGGAAUCGAACCCACAACCCUGGCAUUGCCAGCGCCAUGCUCUACCAGCUGAGCCACACGGGAUCCUCUCUCUCUCUCUCUCUCUCUCUCUCUCUCUCUCUCUCUCUCUCUCUCUCUCUCUCUCUCUCUCUCUCUCUCUCUCUCUCUCUCUCUCUCUCUCUCUCUCUCUCUCUCUCUCUCUCUCUCUCUCUCUCUCUCUCUCUCUCUCUCUCUCUCUCUCUCUCUGUCUCUCUGUCUCUCUGUCUCUCUGUCUCUCUCUCCUCUCUGUCUCUCUCUCUCUUCAUGUAAUUACUGUACGUAGGAUGACAUAUAGACUGAAAUUAUGUAUGUCCCUAUAAACAGGUCAGGUGCAUAACUUUAAGAAGUACCAGACCAACAACCUCAAUACUGUCUAUGACUACAGCUCCAUCAUGCACUAUGGCAGGUGAGUUGGUUUAGGGGGUGAUAGACUAUUCAUUGGUCACUCACUUCUUGGGGCCAGCCUACAGGAAGUAGCUAAGAUUGUGUUCUGAGGUUCCAUUCUUUAAAAUUGUUUAAAAAAAUAAUCCAAUCAAUUUUUUUUGUCACAUGCGCCGAAUACAACAGGUUUAGACUUUACCGUGAAAUGCUUACUUACGAUCCCUUUCCCAACAAUGCAGAGUUAAAAAGUAUGAAAAUUGUAACACAAAUAUCAAUAAUGAGGCUAUAUACAAGGAGUAAUGGUACCGAGUCAAUGUGCAAGGAGGGGUACGAGGUAGUAUGUAAAUGUAGGUAGGAAACAGAGGGGCGAGCAAUCCCCGACCCACAUCGACGGGGCUGUAGUGGAGCGGGUCGAGAGCUUCAAGUUCCUCGUUGUCCGCAUCAACAAGGACUUAACAUGGUCGUCUCACACCAGCUCAGUCAUGAAGAGGGCAAGACAGCGCCUCUUCCCCCUCAGGAGGUUAAAACAAUUUAGCAUGGCCCCUCAGAUCCUCAAAAAGGCACUACAGAGGGUGCUGCGGACGGCCCAGUACAUCACUGGGGCUGAGCUCCCUGCCAUCCAGGACCUCUAUACCAGGCGGUGUCAGAGGAACGGCCAGACAUUUUUCAAAGACCCCAGCCACCCAAGCCAUAGACUGUUCUCUCUGCUACCACACGGCAAACGGUACCGGAGCGCCAUGUCUACCGUUACACUGACUCCAUGCACACUCACUGGACUCUACCCAAAACACUCACACAGGGAGUACAGCGGACACCCCUGUGGGGCCCCGUGUUCAGGGUCAGCGUGGUGGAGGUGAUGUUACCUACCCUCACCACCUGGGGCGGCCCGUCAGAAAGUCCAGGAUCCAGUUGUAGGGGGAGGUGUUCAGUCCCAGGGUCCCGAGCUUGGUGAUGACCUAGGAGGGCACUAUGACGUUUAACACUAAGCUGUAGUCCAUGAACAGCAUUCUCACAUAGGUAUUCCUCUUAUCUAGGUGGGUGAGGGCAGUGUGGAGUGCAAUAGAGAUUGCGUCGUCUGUGGAUCUAUUGUGGGUCCAGGGUGUCUGGGAUGAUGGCGUUGAUGUGCGCCAUGACCAGCCUUUCAAAGCAUUUCAUGGUUACAGAUGUGAGUGCUACGGGACGAUGGUCAUUUAGGGAGGUUACCUUUGUGUUCUUAGGAACAGGGACAAUGGUGGUCUGCUUGAAACAUGUUGGGAUUACAGACUGGGACAAGGAGAUGUUGAAAAUGUCUGUGAACACACUUGCCAGCUGGUCUGUGCAUGCUCUGAGAACGUGCCCUGAUGUUUCCGCCUUGCUAGUGUUCACCUGUUUAAAAUUCUUACUCACGUCGGCCACGGAGAGCGUGAUCACAGCCAUCCGGGACAGCAGGAGCUCUCAUGCCUGGCUCAGUGUUGUUUGCUUCGAAGCAAGCAUAGGAGGCAUUCAGCUCGUCUAGGACGUUUUGCGUCACUGGGCAACUCAUUGCUGGGUUUCCCUUUGCAAUCCGUAAUAUUCCGCAAACCCUGCCACAUCUGACGAGCGUCGGAGCUGGUGUAGUAGGAUUCUUAGUCCUAUAUUGACCUUUUCCACGUUUGAUGGCUCGUUGAAGGUCAUAGUGGGCUUUCUUGUAAGCGUCCAUGACCGUGCCCCGUUCCUUGAAAGCGGUAGCUCUAGCCCGGUGCGGUUACUGCCUGUUAUCCAUGGUUUUUGGUUAUAGUACGUACUGGUCACUGUGGAGAUGACGUCGUCGAUGCACUUAUUGAUGAAGCCUGUGACUGAUGUGGUAAACGCUUCAAUGUUAUUGGAUGAAUCCCGGAACAUAUUCCAGUCUGUGCUAGAGAUGCAGUCUUGUAGCUCAGCAUCUGCUUCUUCGGACCACUUCCGUACUGAGCGUGUCACUAUUACUUCCUGUUUGAGUUUUUCCUUGUAAACAGGAAGCAGGAGGAUGGAGUCAUGGUCUGAUUUGCCGAAGGGAGGGCGAGGGUCUUGUAUGCAUUUCUGUGGGUAGAGUAAAAGUGGUCCAGAGUGUUAGCACCUCUUGUGGUGUAGGAGAUGUUUUGGUAAAAGUGGGGUAAAAAACAUUUCACUCUCCCUGCGUUAAAGUUUCUGUCUACUAGAAACGCUGCCUCUGGGAGUGUGUUUUCUUGUUUGUUUAUGGCCCUGUACAGCUCGUUGAGUGCCUGCUUAGUGCCAUUCUUGUUUUGUGGUGGGAUGUAGACAGCAGUGAUGAUUACAGAUGAAAACUCUCUUGGUAGAUAAAAAAAGGUCUGCAGCUUACCAUGAGGUAUUCUAGUUCAGGUGAGCAAAUGCUGGAGACUUCCUUCACACCUGAAGCAGCACACCAGUUGUUGUUUACAAAGAGGGACACCCCUCCCCCUUUGGUUUUACCUGAGUCCGCUGUCCGGUCGUGACGAAGCAUGGAGAAACCCUAGAGUUUUAUGUCCAUAUCAGCCAAGUUUCUGAAGAUAAUAUUACAGCUUUUCACGUCCCGUUGGUAGGAAACUCUCGAAUGGCGCUUAUCCAUCUUGUUCUCAAGUGACUGGACAUUUGCCAAUAAAACGGAGGGGAGUGACGGCCGAUUUUCUCUGUAUCUGAGUCUAAGAAGGACUCAAGUCCUCCUCCUGGAUACCAGCCCUCCUCCCUCCAGCAGGGAAGUCUUAUUUCUGUUCCAUGGUUCGGUUCUAAGGUUGUGUUCUAAUGUUCAGUUCUAAGGUUGUGUUCUAAUGUUCAGUUCUGAGGUUGUGUUCUAAUGUUCAGUUCUAAGGUUGUGUUCUAAUCUUCGGUUCUAAGGUUGUGUUCUAAUGUUCGGUUCUAAGGCUGUGUUCUAAUGUUCAGUUCUGAGGUUGUGUUCUAAUGUUCAGUUCUAAGGUUGUGUUCUAAUCUUCGGUUCUAAGGCUGUGUUCUUCUAAGGUUGCGAUCUCUGAUGCAGGUAUGCCUUCUCAGAGGACGGUGGACCAACCAUCAUCCCCAAACCAGAUCCCUACACUCCAAUUGGUCAGCGAGAUGGACCCAGUCGUCUGGACAUACACAAGAUAAACCUACUGUAUGAAUGUGGUACGUAGUUAACACCUUCACGAUCUCAGUGUAUAUGACAUCUUUAAAUCUUUCUGAACAGUAUGUUUUCAUGGCAUCACUAGUACAGUUCAGUGUUUGAUUUUGUCCGCUAGGUGGCCUGGUGUAACUGGAUGAAGAACUGUCAGAACAGAAGUCAUAUCCCAUUUUUACUGACAUAUAAAAAAGGACAAUAUAUUUUAAUAAUGUUUAUGAAACUUGAGAUUGAGACACUGUCACGGUUUCGGCCGAGGCUGCUCCUUCUCCUUGUUCGGGCAGGCUUCGGCGGUCGUCGUCUCCGGAGUACUAGCUGCCACCAUUCGUUGUUUCUGUGUUUGUUUGGUUUGGUCUGUUUUGGUACACCUGUUUCUCAUUUUGUCUUGAUGAUGUGUCCUUUAAGUUCUCGUUGUUUCUGUCUUGUGGUUGUGUGUAGUUGUUCCUUGUCAGCUGGUGCUUCCAGUCAGUUAGUGAUCUAUUCUGUAUUGGAUAGAGAGUCCUUGUUGUGCGUGUUCGCUGUGUUUUGCUUUUAUACGCUGUGUGGGUUAUUUUUCUCGUGCCUCCGGCUCUGUUUGUAGCCGUUCUUUUUGUGGACUUUACUAAAGUAUUUUUGGACUAGCAUCUGUGUCCUGCAUCUGAUUCCUACACCACACCUAUGGCCGCUCUGACAGACACAUCAAUAAAGUCUGUUACUAGUGUUGUACAAUGUGAUUUAACGUGUGAGAUCUUGUAUGGUCGUCAUCACAACUGAUGCACGUACUCUGUAUGACCAUAUAGGGAUUCAUGGGCAACCUCAUUCAAGGGUUUUUCUUUAUUUUUUACUGUUUUCUACAUUGUAGAAUAAUAGUGAAGACAUCAAAACUGUGAAAUAACACAUAUGGAAUCAUGUAGUAACCAAAAAAGUGUUAAAUCAAAAUAUAUUUGAGAUUUGAGAUUCUUCAAAUAGCCACCCUUCGCCUUGAUGACAGCUUUGCACACUCUUGGCAUUCUCUCAACCAGCUUCACCUGGAAUGCUUUUCAAUGAACAGGUGUGCCUUCUUAAAAGUUAAUGUGUUAUUUCAUAGUUUUGAUGUCUUCACUAUUAUUCUACAAUGUAGAAAAUAGUUUUAAAAAAUCAAGAAAAACCCUUGAAUGAGUAGGUGUGUCCAAACGUUUGACCGGUAGUGUAUUUAAAAGGCACACAGUUAAUGUUUGCCACAUACUUGCCUUCUAAGACUGUCAAUGAUUGUCCCCCCAUAACAAUAUCCAAAUCUUAAAUAUGUCCAAUUGAUCCCAUCUCUUGUUCUUGCAUUUGAUUUUAUCACCUUUUUUUUUUUCUUCCUUUUUUUGGGGGGUGUAUUCUUUCUUAAAACUGCGUUGUUGGUUAAGGUCUUGUAAGUAAGCAUUUCACGGUAAGGUAUUCGGCGCAUGUGACAAAUAAAAUUUGAUUUGAUUUUUUAUUUGAAAUACAUUAGAGUACCACCAAGCAACUCCCCCAGAUCUCUGUUGCUGCUUUGAUUUGAAUCCAUUGAUUCUCUUUUGGAUUUGAACCAUAGAGCUUUUCCGGUAGAGUUCCGCCAAAAGAAGCAGACAUGAUCUUUCUUGAUCAUUCUGAUCCCAGGGAGCCCAGGUCAGUUCAGCUGCUAGUGUCUGCGUUGGAAGGCUCUUCGUGUCUUCUUCAGCCCGUCCCCUUCUUCUCUUCCAACGCAUCCUUGAGGUCACUUUCUGCUUUUUUUUUUUUUUUCCACUGUCCUGUCGUAAGCUGCGCAGGAAAUCGAAGGACAGGUAAGUGAGGAACAGGUAGCAGGCCCACAGAAUGACCAUUUUCGUAAGAAUUGUCUGAAAGAAAACCUUUGAGGCAAUAUGAGCUGUCAUACUCAGUAGAGCGAAAAUAUCAUCUCCAGAGAAGUCUGUAAAAAAUCUUCUUCCUCUCAGUAAAGUUUUGGAGAGUAGCAUCAUCCAAAUAAUUCAUUACAUUAUAAAUAGGCCUUAACAAAAACCUGUUCUACAACUGCUAUGGUUAUAUAAAAAAAUUGUAUGCACUCUCUAAACUAAUAGCAGCAUUACAAUCCAUCACCUUAUCUAGACUAAUAGCAGCUUUACAAUCCAUCACCUUAUCUAAACUAAUAGCAGCAUUACAAUCCAUCACCUUAUCUACAUUUACAUUUUAGCAGACUCUCUUAUCCAGAGCGACUUACAGUUAGUGCAUACAUUUUUUUUUUUCAUACUGGCCCCCCGUGGGAAUCGAACCCACAACCCUGGUUUUUAUGAGCAGAGUCAAUACAUUGUAUAAUGUUUUUACGGGCAGAUUCAAUACAUUGUUUAAUGUUUUUAUGAGCAGAGUCAAUACAUUGUAUAAUGUUUUUACGAUCAGUGUCAAUACAUUGUAUAAUGUUUUUACGAUCAGAGUCAAUACAUUGUAUAAUUUUUUUACGAGCAGCGUCAAUACAUUGUAUAGUUUUGUUCGCUCAGUAGCUACAAUGUUCAUUCAGAAAAAACGAUCCUCGUAUUUUGACUGGCUGAGCAGUGACAAGGCCGCGCAUAAACACCAAUGAUGUAUAUACAUCAUCAUUAAAACACCCGUCCACAUUUUCAGAAAUGGCAGGCUAGCUACUAGACUCGCACUAAAUUUACACAUUUGCAGCUAGAUACAGUGAGGGAAAAAAAGUAUUUGAUCCCCUGCUGAUUUUGUACGUUUGCCCACUGACAAAGAAAUGAUCAGUCUAUAAUUUUAAUGGUAGGUUUAUUUGAACAGUGAGAGACAGAAUAACAACAAAAUAAUCCAGAAAAACGCAUGUCAAAAAUGUUAUAAAUUGAUUUGCAUUUUAAUGAGGGAAAUAAGUAUUUGACCCCCUCUCAAUCAGAAAGAUUUCUGGCUCCCAGGUGUCUUUUAUACAGGUAACGAGCUGAGAUUAGGAGCACACUCUUAAAGGGAGUGUUCCUAAUCUCAGCUUGUUACCUGUAUAAAAGACACCUGUCCACAGCAGCAAUCAAUCAAUCAGAUUCCAAACUCUCCACCAUGGCCAAGACCAAAGAGCUCUCCAAGGAUGUCAGGGACAAGAUUGUAGACCUACACAAGGCUAGAAUGGGCUACAAGACCAUCGCCAAGCAGCUUGGACUGAAAUCCUGCAGCGCCCGCAAGGUCCCCCUGCUCAAAAAAGCACAUAUACAUGCCCGUCUGAAGUUUGCCAAUGAACAUAUGAAUGAUUCAGAGGAGAACUGGGUGAAGGUGUUGUGGUCAGAUAAGACCAAAAUCGAGCUCUUUGGCAUCAACUCAACUCGCCGUGUUUGGAGGAGGAGGAAUGCUGUCUAUGACCCCAAGAACACCAUCCCCACCGUCAAACAUGGAGGUGGAAACAUUAUGCUUUGGGGGUGUUUUUCUGCUAAGGGGACAGGACAACUUUACCGCAUUAAAGGGCCGAUGGACGGGGCCAUGUACCGUCAAAUCUUGGGUGAGAACCUCCUUCCCUCAGCCAGGGCAUUGAAAAUGGGUAGUGGAUGGGUAUUCCAGCAUGACAAUGACCCAAAACACACGGCCAAGGCAACAAAGGAGUGGCUCAAGAUGAAGCACAUUAAGGUCCUGGAGUGGCCUAGCCAGUCUCCAGACCUUAAUCCCAUAGAAAAUCUGUGGAGGGAGCUGAAGAUUCGAGUUGCCAAACGUCAGCCUCGAAACAUUAAUGACUUGGAGAAGAUCUGCAAAGUGGAGUGGGACAAAAUCCCUCCUGAGAUGUGUGCAAACCUGGUAGCCAACUACAAGAAACGUCUGACCUCUGUGAUUGCCAAAAAGGGUUUUGCCACCAAGUACUAAGUCAUGUUUUGCAGAGGGGUCAAAUACUUAUUUCCCUCAUUAAAAUGCAAAUCAUCAUCUCAGGAGGGAUUUUGUUCCACUCCUCUUUGCAGAUCUUCUCCAAGUCAUUAAGGUUUCGAGGCUGACGUUUGGCAACUCGAACCUUCAGCUCCCUCCACAGAUUCUCUAUGGGAUUAAGGUCUGGAGACUGGCUAGGCCACUCCAGGACCUUAAUGUGCUUCUUCUUGAGCCACUCCUUUGUUGCCUUGGCCGUGUGUUUUGGGUCAUUGUCAUGCUGGAAUACCCAUCCACGACCCAUUUUCAAUGCCCUGGCUGAGGGAAGGAGGUUCUCACCCUAGAUUUGAUGGUACAUGGCGAAGUUGUCCUGUCCCCUUAGCAGAAAAACACCCCCAAAGCAUAAUGUUUCCACCUCCAUGUUUGACGGUGGGGAUGGUGUUCUUGGGGUCAUAGGCAGCAUUCCUCCUCCUCCAAACACGGCGAGUUGAGUUGAUGCCAAAGAGCUCGAUUUUGGUCUCAUCUGACCAAAACACUUUCACCCAGUUCUCCUCUGAAUCAUUCAUAUGUUCAUUGGCAAACUUCAGACGGCACUGUAUAUGUGCUUUCUUGAGCAGGGGGACCUUGCGGGUGCUGCAGGAUUUCAGUCCUUCACGGCGUAGUGUGUUACCAAUUGUUUUCUUGGUGACUAUAGUCCCAGCUGCCUUGAGAUCAUUGACAAGAUCCUCCCGUGUAGUUCUGGGCAGAUUCCUCACCGUUCUCAUGAUCAUUGCAACUCCACGAGGUGAGAUCUUGCAUGGAGCCCCAGGCAAUCUCCACGAGGGAGAUUGACAGUUAUUUUGUGUUUCUUCCAUUUGCGAAUAAUCGCACCAACUGUUGUCACCUUCUCACCAAGCUGCUUGGCGAUGGUCUUGUAGCCCAUUCUAGCCUUGUGUAGGUCUACAAUCUUGUCCCUGACAUCCUUGGAGAGCUCUUUGGUCUUGGCCAUGGUGGAGAGUUUGGAAUCUGAUUGAUUGAUUGCUGCUGUGGACAGGUGUCUUUUAUACAGGUAACAAGCUGAGAUUAGGAACACUCCCUUUAAGAGUGUGCUCCUAAUCUCAGCUCGUUACCUGUAUAAAAGACACCUGGGAGCCAGAAAUCUUUCUGAUUGAGAGGGGGUCAAAUACUUAUUUCCCUCAUUAAAAUGCAAAUCAAUUUAUAACAUUUUUGACAUGCGUUUUUCUGGAUUUUUGUUGUUGUUAUUCUGUCUCUCACUGUUCAAAUAAACCUACCAUUAAAAUUAUAGACUGAUCAUUUCUUUGUCAGUGGGCAAACGUACAAAAUCUGCAGGGGAUCAAAUACUUAUUCCCUCACUGUAUAUAUUUUCAAAACAAUAUAUGGGGGAUUGGAAAUGAUGCAAGCCACAAACCUAUUCCCCCUCAGGAGACUGAAAAGAUUUGGCAUGGGUCCUCAGAUCCUCAAAAAUCUCUACAGAUGCACCAUCGAGAGCAUCCUGACUGGUUGCAUCACUGCCUGGUAUGGCAACUGCUCGGCCUCCGACCGCAAGGUACUACAGAGGGUAGUACGUACGGCCUAGUACAUCACUGGGGCCAAGCUUCCUGCCAUCUAGGACCUCUAUACCAGGUGGUAUAGAGGAAGGCCCUAAAAAUUGUCAAUGACUCCAGCCACCCUAGUCAUAGACUGUUCUCUCUGCUACCGCAUGGCAAGCGGUACCAGAGCGCCAAGUCUAGGUCCAAAAGUCUUCUGAACAGCUUUUACCCCCAAGCCAUAAAACUCCUGAACAGCUAAUCAAAUGGCUACCCAGACUAUUUGCACUGCCCCCCCCCACCCACCCCCCUCUUUUACACUGCUGCUACUCUCUGUUUAUUAUCUAUGCAUAGUCACUUUAACUCUACCUACAUGUACAUAUUACCUAAAUUACCUCGACUAACCGGUGCCCCCGCACAUUGACUCUGUCCCGGUACCCCCUGUAUAUAGCUGUAUAUAAGUAAGCAUUUCACUGUAAUGUCUGCACCCGUUGUAUUCGGCGCAUGUGGCCAAUAAAAUUUUAUUUUAUUUUAUUUAUAUAGCCUGUAUAUUGACUCGGGACCGGCACCCCCUGUAUAUAGCCUGUAUAUUGACUCUGUACCGGUACCCCCCUGUAUAUAGCUGUAUAUAGCCUGUAUAUUGACUCUGUACCGGUACCCCCUGUAUAUAGCUGUAUAUAGCCUGUAUAUUGACUCUGUACCGGUACCCCCUGUAUAUAGCUGUAUAUUGACUCUGUACCGGUACCCCCUGUAUAUAGCCUGUAUAUUGACUCUGUACCGGUACCCCCUGUAUAUAGCCUGUAUAUUGACUCUGUACCGGUACCCCCUGUAUAUAGCCUGUAUAUUGACUCUGUACCGGUACCCCCUGUAUAUAGCUGUAUAUAGCCUGUAUAUUGACUCUGUACUGGUACCCCCUGUAUAUAGCCUGUAUAUUGACUCUGUACCGGUACCCCCUGUAUAUAGCCUGUAUAUUGACUCUGUACCGGUACCCCCUGUAUAUAGCCUGUAUAUUGACUCUGUACCGGUACCCCCCUGUAUAUAGCUGUAUAUAGCCUGUAUAUUGACUCUGUACCGGUACCCCCUGUAUAUACAGUGGGGAGAACAAGUAUUUGAUACACUGCCGAUUUUGCAGGUUUCCCUACUUACAAAGCAUGUAGAGGUCUGUAAUUUUUAUCAUAGGUACACUUCAACUGUGAGAGACGGAAUCUAAAACAAAAAUCCAGAACAUCACAUUGUAUGAUUUUUAAGUAAUUAAUUUGCAUUUUAUUGCAUGACAUAAGUAUUUGAUCACCUACCAACCAGUAAGAAUUCCGGCUCUCACAGACCUGUUAGUUUUUCUUUAAGAAGCCCUCCUGUUCUCCACUCAUUACCUGUAUUAACUGCACCUGUUUGAACUCAUUACCUGUAUAAAAGACACCUGUCCACACACUCAAUCAAACAGACUCCAACCUCUCCACAAUGGCCAAGACCAGAUAGCUGAGUAAGGACAUCAGGGAUAAAAUUGUAGACCUGCACAAGACUGGGAUGGGCUACAGGACAAUAGGCAAGCAGCUUGGUGAGAAGGCAACAACUGUUGGCGCAAUUAUUAGAAAAUGGAAGAAGUUCAAGAUGACGGUCAAUCACCCUCGGUCUGGGGCUCCAUGCAAGAUCUCACCUCGUGGGGUAUCAAUGAUCAUGAGGAAGGUGAGGGAUCAGCCCAGAACUACACGGCAGGACCUGGGCAAUGAACUGAAGAGAGCUGGGACCACAGUCUCAAAGAAAACCAUUAGUAACACACUACGCCGUCAUGGAUUAAAAUCCUGCAGCGCACGCAAGGUCCCCCUGCUCAAGCCAGCGCAUGUCCAGGCCCGUCUGAAGUUUGCCAAUGACCAUCUGGAUGAUCCAGAGGAGGAAUGGGAGAAGGUCAUGUGGUCUGAGACAAAAAUAGAGCUUUUUGGUCUAAACUCCACUCGCCGUUUUGGAGGAAGAAGAAGGAUGAGUACAACCCCAAGAACACCAUCCCAACAGUGAAGCAUGGAGGUGGAAACAUCAUUCCUUGGGGAUGCUUUUCUGCAAAGGGGACAGGACGACUGCACCGUAUAGCGGGGAGGAUGGAUGGGGCCAUGUAUCGCGAGAUCUUGGCCAACAACCUCCUUCCCUCAGUAAGAGCAUUGAAGAUGGGUCGUGGCUGGGUCUUCCAGCAUGACAAUGACCCGAAACACACAGCCAGGGCAACUAAGGAGUGGCUCCGUAAGAAGCAUCUCAAGGUCCUGGAGUGGCCUAGCCAGUCUCCAGACCUGAACCCAAUAGAAAAUCUUUGGAGGGAGCUGAAAGUCCGUAUUGCCCAGCGACAGCCCCGAAACCUGAAGGAUCUGGAGAAGGUCUGUAUGGAGGAGUAGGCCAAAAUCCCUGCUGCAGUGUGUGCAAACCUGGUCAAGACCUACAGGAAAAGUAUGAUCUCUGUAAUUGCAAACAAAGGUUUCUGUACCAAAUAUUAAGUUCUGCUUUUCUGAUGUAUCAAAUACUUAUGUCAUGCAAUAAAAUGCAAAUGAAUUACUUAAAAAUCAUACAAUGUGAUUUUCUGGAUUUUUGUUUUAGAUUCCGUCUCUCACAGUUGAAGUGUACCUAUGAUAAAAAUUACAGACCUCUACAUGCUUUGUAAGUAGGAAAACCUGCAAAAUCGGCAGUGUAUCAAAUACUUGUUCUCCCCACUGUAGCUGUAUAUAGCCUGUAUAUUGACUCUGUACGAUAGCCUGUAUAUUGACUCUGUACCGGUACCCCUGUAUAUAGCUGUAUAUUGACUCUGUACCGGUACCCCCCUGUAUAUAGCCUGUAUAUUGACUCUGUACCGGUACCCCCCUGUAUAUAGCCUGUAUAUUGACUCUGUACCGGUACCCCCUGUAUAUAGCCUGUAUACUGACUCUGUACCGGUACCCCCAUGUAUAUAGCCUGUAUAUUGACUCUGUACCGGUACCCCCUUGUAUAUAGCCUGUUAUAUUGACUCUGUACCGGUACCCCCUGUAUAUUAGCCUGUAUAUUGACUCUGGUACCAGUACCCCCUGUAUAUAGCCUGUAUAUUGACUCGGUACCGGUACCCCUGUAUAUAGCUGUAUAUAGCCUGUAUAUUGACUCGGUACCAGUUACCACCUGUAUAUAGCCUGUAUAUUGACUCUGUACCGGUACCCCCUGUAUAUAGCUGUAUAUAGCCUGUAUAUUGACUCUGUACCGGUUACCCCCCAUGUAUAUAGCUGUAUAUAGCCUGUAUAUUGACUCUGUACCGGUACCCCUGUAUAUAGCUGUAUAUAGCCUGUAUAUUGAUCGGUACCCGGUCCCCCCUGUAUAUAGCCUGUAUAUUGACUCGGUACCGGUACCCCCUGUAUAUAGCCUGUAUAUUGAACUCUGUCCAGGUUACCCCCUGUAUAUAGCCUGUUAUUGACUCUGUAACCGGUACCCCCUGUAUAUAGCUGUAUAUUGACUCUUGUACCGGUACCCCCUGUAUAUAGCUGUAUAUAGCCUGUAUAUUGACUCGGGUACCGGUACCCCCUGUAUAUAGCCUGUUAUUGACUCUGACCGGUACCCCCUGUAUAUAGCUGUAUAUAGCCUGUAUAUUGACUCGGGUACCGGUACCCCCUGUAUAUAGCCUGUAUAUUGACUCUGUACCGGUACCCCCCUGUAUAUAGCUGUAUAUUGACUCUGUACCGGUACCCCACUGUAUAUAGCUGUAUAUAGCCUGUAUAUUGACUCUUGUACCGUACCCCCUGUAUAUAGCUGUAUUAUAGCGUAUAUUGACUCUGGUACCGGUCCCCCCUGAUAUAGCCUGUAAUUGACUCGGUACCGGUACCCCCUGUAUAUAGCCUGUAUAUUGACUCUGUACCGGUACCCCCUGUAUAGCCUGUAUAUUGACUCUGUACCGGUACCCCCUGUAUAUAGCCCGUAUAUGACUCGUACCGGUACCCCCUGUAUAUAGCUGUAUAUAGCCCUGUAUAUUGACUCGGUUAACGGUAACCCAUGUAUAUAGCCUGUAUAUUGACUCGGUACGGUACCCCCCCUGUAUAAGCUGUAUAUAGCCUGUAUAUUGACUCGGUACCAGUACCCCCUGUAUAUAGCCUGUAUAUUGACUCGGUACCGAGACCCCCUGUAUAUAGCUGUAUAUAACCUGUAUAUUGACUCUGUACCGGUACCCCCCCUGUAUAUAGCUGUAUAUAGCCUGUAUAUUGACUCGAUGGUACCGGUACCCCCCUGUAUAUAGCUGUAUAUAGCCUGUAUAUUGGACUCGGUACCGGUUACCCCUGUAUAUAGCCUGUAUAUGACUCUGUACCGGUACCCCCCCCCCCCCCUGUUAUAGCUGUCUAUAGCCUGUAUAUUGGGACUCGCGUACCCUGUUCCCCCCUGUAUAUAGCCCUGUAUUAUUGACUCGGUACCAUCAGUACCCCCUGUAUUUUAUAUAGCCUGUAUAUUGACUCUUUGGUGAACCGGUCACCCCCUGUAUCUAGCUGUAUAUAGCCUGUAUCUUGACUCGGUACACAGUCCCCCUGUAUAUAGCCUGUAUAUUGACUCUGUACCGGUACCCCCUGUAUAUAGCUGUAUAUAGCCUGUAUAUUGACUCUGUACCGGUACCCCCUGUAUAUAGCCUGUAUAUUGACUCUGUACCGGUACCCCCUGUAUAUAGCCUGUAUAUUGACUCUGUACCGGUACCCCCUGUAUAUAGCCUGUAUAUUGACUCUGUACCGGUACCCCCUGUAUAUAGCCUGUAUAUUGACUCUGUAUCGGUACCCCCUGUAUAUAGCCUGUAUAUUGACUCUGUACCGGUACCCCCCUGUAUAUAGCUGUAUAUAGCCUCAUUACUGUUAUUUUACUGCUUUUAUUUUUUAAUGAUCUAUUGUUUACUUAACAUUUAUUUUUCUUAAAACUGCAUUGUUGGUUAAUGGCUUGUAAGUAAGCAUUUCACUGUAUCUACACCUGUUGUAUGUGGCAAAUACUAUUUGAUUUGAUAUUAAAGCUGAUCUACCCCCUCCAGUUGUUUACAUGUUAUUUUUAUUGACAAAUAAGAUGUCCAGACAGCAAACAACAUUUACAUUUUGAAAGUGACAAUAGAUUAAAAAAAAUACACAUUCCUCACAAUUGAUAACUUGUUGACAAUUAGAAAAGGAAACCCUUAUAUUUACACAAACAUUCAACCAAAGGUGACUGGAUUUCAUUGUGACUUAGGACUCUAUUCAAUCUGUAUCACUGAAGCGUUACAGAUUGCGCGGUCUAAAUUUAAUGGUCAUUUCCAACUGAGCCGACAUAUGCAGCGUUUACCGCGAAUGUAGCCUGCUAAAACGGGAACAUUGCCUUUAAAUUUCAAUCACGCUGUACCGCUGACCUUCAGCGAUUGAAACCAGCCCUUAGUGAUAGGCAGCAGUAAAACGAUACAGGUGGAACAAUUCAGAAAAAUAUGUUGAAAAAAAAUAUAUAUUCAAUUCCCUUUGUAAUAACACACACGACAAAACCUACAUACCUCUAACCCUUCCCUCUCUACAACGGUCUUCACAGGACAUCCUUUUCCGCUUUGAGGUAGCUAGCUGUUUAAAACAGAGACACAGGGCACUUCUAAAGGCACGUGUGUACCAACAACAACAACAACAACAACAACAACAGAAUGUAGUCUAUCCAAAAAUACAUGUCUCUCAAUUAAAGUAUCUUCAUCAAACAAGAACAACACCAACACUAUUAUUUUAAUUAAUAUGUCUACUCCCUUCACCCAUAAAAACACAAAAUGGCUUAAAAUACCUUUACACAGACACAGACUCGGUCCAUACAUUCUCUAACAUGGAGACGUACUCACAGACGUACUCAUCUCCCUUCUGAUGUGAGGUCAUCUACUGUGGGAAACCUCAGUUCCCAUCUCUCUCACACUGAAUCAAUGUUUCCUCCUGCAUCCAGCCCACUGACAGGAAUAUGGACAGGCUGACCCAGGCUGACCCAGGUUGACCCAGGAUGCUCACUGAGCCUUAACAAAAAAAUGGAAGCUGAACUUAUAGGAUACAGACUAUCCAAAAAUACCAAGGCACUCCUAUAUCCUACAACUUCAUCCUCUAUUUGUUGUUAUUUCCACAGGACUGGGAAACCCUUGCUCGCUCACAGAGUCUUCUUGUUGACUCCAUUAUCCAGUUUGAG